UUCUUCUUUCAUUUCGCCUGCCUCUCUCUCUCACCCAGAAACAAGCAAGCAUUCCAGAUCACACACUCAGUCAUGGCGCCCAAGACUGCCAGAGUUACCCGUAACCCCGAACUCAUUCCCGGAGUUCGUAAAAUAUCCCGCUCCCAAAUGUACCAUAAGCGUGGACUUUGGGCUAUCAAGGCCAAGAACGGCGGUAAAUUUCCCCAGCACGACAAGGCUGCCGCUGCCACCCCUGCUGUGGAGAAGCCUCCCAAGUUUUAUCCGGCUGAUGACAUUAAGAAGCCUCUCUCUAACACACGCAAGCCCAAGCCCACCAAACUCAGGGCGAGCGUUACUCCAGGGACAGUGUUGAUAAUAUUGACCGGGAGGUUCAAGGGAAAGAGAGUUGUUUUCUUGAAGCAGCUUUCAUCUGGAUUGCUUCUUGUCACUGGUCCAUACAAGAUCAAUGGUGUGCCUCUAAGACGUGUAAACCAGGCCUAUGUUAUAGGAACAUCAACAAAGGUAGACAUUUCUGCAGUGAAUGUCAACAAGUUUGACGAUAAGUACUUUGCCAAGCAAGUAGAGAAGAAAAAGAAGAAGGGUGAGAGUGAAUUCUUUGAGGGAGAGAAAGAGGAAAAAAAUGCACUGCCUGCAGAGAAGAAAGAUGAUCAGAAGGCCGUUGAUGCACCUUUGUUGAAAGCUAUUGAGUCUGUCGCAGAACUCAAGUCAUAUUUGGGUGCUAGGUUCUCACUCAAGGCUGGCAUGAAACCUCAUGAGUUGGUCUUUUAGGAGGGAUUUUGUUUUUCUUUUUUUCUUUUUUUCUCUUUUUCUUUUUUUUUUUUUGUUUUGCAUUCCUGUCCUUAAACCUAAUAUCAGAGCUUGUAUCUUAGAGCAAAUUUUAUUUGUGGUAUAAACGAGAAGCUUUGCUGGCAAAUUGUGUGAAUUCAUCAAUAUCAUUUUGAUCGGUUAUAAAUUUAUUUGAUUUGGCAUCA